UCGAUUUGUUUUGUCAGUUCAGUCUUCGGUUUCGGUUUCAGUUUGUGAUCGACCGGCUAGCAAAGGCUGCCUAUUGUUGAGUAGUCAUUCGUCAAUCAAGUGCUGUGGUCUUCAGAGUUGAGUUGUGUUUUGAGUCGUGCUCGUGGUAAUAUCAGUAAUUUCAGUUUAUUAUUUUUGUCGCACGGAGGUCUUGCCAUCGAAUUUGAAGUCAAAUGGGAGGAAUCGACAAACUUGUGCCAUGCACAGUAAAAUUGGCGAAAUUCAUCAAAAAGUCUGGUUGUGAUGUUCUUUGUGUGAUUGAUAAGCAAAUCCCAUCAGAGUUGGUUGAGCAAUUCAAUGAAUUCCGAGCUUUUGACAAAGCUUUCGAUAGUGUGGUUUCUUGUUUCAAAUCUCAGAACUUAGACCUUCCAGUUGUGUAUUCUCCCAUCGCAGAACUGAGUGAUUAUCAUGAUGUCCGAGCUUACCAACAGGCUGCUGCCAAAUCCCUAAGUCGAGCAAUUAAGGCUGGAUUCCAAUCACCAUUACUUUUGGUUCCUCAAAGCAAAAUCUUUUCCAAUGCUGAGCUCUGCACUGUUUUGGGAGCUCUCGAAGAGCUUUAUGUUCCAAUUCAGUUGCGUGAAGACGUUCCUGAGAAGAAACAUCGCGUUGCUAAUCUUUCUUUAAUGAUCUCCAACCCUAAAGCUGAGCAAAUAUACAAGGAAGCAUUACUUUUGGAAUCAGGACGAUUUGUUGCACGUGAUAUUGGUGUCGGUGAUCCAGAACGAAUGAGUCCAAUAAAUGUAGAAGAUUACAUUAAAUCUAUCUUCCCAUCGCUAAAAAUGGACAUUAUUAGUGACAUUGAUGUCCUCACUAAAGAAUAUCCAUUGUUUGCGGCUGUAAAUAGAGCAGCAAGUACUGUUAAACGCCAUCAAGGACGUAUUAUAUUCUUGGAAUAUAAGCCACCUCAACCAGCCAAGAAAACAUUGAUGCUAGUCGGCAAAGGUGUAUGCUACGAUACUGGUGGUGCUGAUAUUAAGGCUGGUGGAGUUAUGGCUGGUAUGUCAAGGGAUAAGUGUGGUGCAGCCGCUGUAGCUGGAUUUAUGCAGAUCGUUCAAGAACAAAAACCAUCUGAUGUUAACGUUAUUGCUGCCCUGUGUUUGGUCCGCAACUCUGUUGGAGAGGAAUCCUAUGUAGCGGAUGAAGUUAUCACCUCUAGAGCUGGCAUUCGAGUUCGUGUUGGCAAUACCGAUGCCGAGGGAAGAAUGUGCAUGGCUGAUGCACUUUGCCGCAUGAAAGAAAUCGCCAACGAACGUAACUUGCCAGAUCCCCAUUUGUUUACAGUUGCCACAUUGACUGGACACGCUUGCCUUGCGGUUGGCGAGGGCUAUUCGAUUGUUAUUGAUAAUAGUGUAGCUCAGCAAGCUGGUCAUGCUCUGAAACUACAAGAAAUCGGUACUUCAUUUGGAGAGCCUUUUGAAAUUUCCAAAUUGCGACAUGAUGAUUUUGAUUUCAAUUGUGGAAAGGUUAUUGGAGAAGAUGUUGUCCAGUGCAAUAAUGCUGCCUCAUCCAGAACUCCUCGUGGACAUCAGGUCCCAGCUGCAUUUAUGAUCGUCACAACAGGUCUGGAUAAACACGGUCUCCAGUCGGAAAGACCCCUUAAGUACACCCAUUUGGAUAUUGCCGCCAGUGCUGGAGAAUAUCCAAAAAUGCCAACUGGUAUUCCAGUCAUUGCCCUAGCUAAGACCCAUCUUUGAGAAUUGAUUUCUUUAUAAUUAUUAAAACAAAAAAAGAAUUAAUUAUUUAUAAAUUGUGGAUACAAAAGUGAGAAAAUUGUCAGGUCUUAUUUUUUACACUUAAAUAAUUUGUAUAUUGCUUAGUACUUAUGUCGUAAACCACUACAAUUGAAUCACAUUUUUUGUUUGUUUAACAUACCUAUCUACUUAAUCUUAUAUAUCAAUAAAAAUACGUAUGUGAACUUGAA